GCCAAUAAGCGCUGCAAAUCAAUUUAUAUCCGACAAAAUGCUUUCCGUUCCCUCAUCCCUCUCUUAUCUCCUCCCUUUCGCAAUGGAAGAUGGGAGUCUCCACGUCUUAAUGCUGCCAUGGCUAGCCUUCGGCCAUCUUCUUCCCUUUCUCGAGCUCUCCAAAUCCUUCGCCCUAAAAGGCCACCGCAUCACCUUCCUCACCACCCCAAGAAACGCAGCAAGGCUCCCAAAAAUUUCCCCACCAAUCUCCCACCUCAUUGAUUUCAUAAAGCUCCCUCUCCCUCAAAUCGACCAAUUGCCGCAGAACGCCGAGGCCACCAUAGAUCUCCCUUCCGAUGAUCUUCGCCCAUAUCUUAGAAAAGCUUUCGACAGCUUGAGCCAAAAGCUCUCAGAUCUCUUACAAAACAAGCAAAUCUCAUCCCCUGAUUGCAUCGUCUUCGAUUACGCCGCCUACUGGGUUCCCUCAAUUGCAGCAAAGUUUGGAGUGUCGUGUAUGUUCUUUGCUUUGCAUAACGCUGCAACCCUAUCUUUUAUUGGGCCUCCGUCGUCAUUACUGGGCGGAGCCGGUGCCCGCAGUACGGCUGAGGAAUUCACCGUGCUCCCU